UGUUUCGUUACUGGAUGAUAUUAAUAUCACUUUAGUUUUGAAAUUACUUUCCAUUUUGUUCAGAAUGUUGACAAACAAAGCCGUUAAAACCACAGUUUACUAAACAUAAACACCGUUGCUUUGUACAUAUUGACAAAUGAUCAGGCCUUAGAUAUGAAUGACGGAAUAAUCCAGUUUCUGCUUCAUACAUUAACUUUGUUUGAUAUCAUUGCCAACUCUCAGCCGUCCACACCAGCUUUAAUGAGGCUAUCUAAGUCGGCAGAAUCUGAGGAGUAUGUCACUAUUCUACUUUACCAAUCUAGUGCGUUAAAAUUUUAUACAUGUAUGAACAGCUCAGAUACCUGCACUCUGUACUUAAGUCCAUCUGAAAAUACAACCUACAUAGCGAAUGCAGUGAAAUCAGAAUCCGCGUUUAAACAAUACUGCCCGGCCUAUGUGUGCAGAUUUAAACAACUGAUACAUUUUGAAAGUUUUAAUGGUAGUUCCUAUUGGCACAAAGUGCUAUGCGAACAGAAGAGCACCGACCAUGUAUGUACUUGUGGGAACACUUCAUUCCUAAUUGACUGGCAGAACCAAGAAGAAUAUUUUAGCAACAGAGACGAAAGAUUUGCGUUUGAAAACAAAACCUUCUGCUCACCAUAUAAAACAGCAGACGACAAUAACUUUGUUGUUGUUGGAAUUCUAGUAUUCGCAGCAUGUAUCGUAUCACUUGUACUCAUAGUGAUUUGUCUGGUUCGAUACAGAAACUACAUUGACGAUAUGAAACGGAAAGUGGUCCAGGAUAAUAGUAAAAAUAUUGAAAUUGUUGAGAGUGGGAAAGCAAGUCCUAACGAAUAUUCAGGAGCAGAAGUAAACAACGUCUACACGAGCCUGAGGGCGGAAGUGAAAAACUUUCAGCAUGACUACGAGUUGUUACCCUUAUCAAACGUUCAAAAAUCACAGAGCGUUGUGGGCGACUGUGUUCUGAAAUCGUCACUGAAUUCGGUAGACAUAACAGAAAGCAAAAGCACAAUACAGAUUACUCCCCUUACAUCUGGAACAACAGGAGUGUACUCGCUAGCCAAAGUUGUGUUACAUGAGUAAUAAUUCUGUGGGCUAUGGAUUCUUUAAUAAGUAAAAAUAAGAACAAGUAACCUAUUUUUUGGUGUAUGUACAGACCGCUACAUGUGGACUUUAUAGAUCAAGAAUGUCGUGAUAGUGUGUUUGUGUUGUGACUAGUAUGUGUAGUGUGUGUGUGACUGUGUAUGGACAAGCUAGUUGACCUUUAUUGUUGGUAUUUGGGUGAGUGAAUAGCUAAUAAAAUUACUAUUAUUAUAGCUUUUAUAUAGCGCUACUUUCAUGCUUAUAGCAUGCUCAGAGCGCUUUUGGUCCAAUCUCUUAUGUGGACCAGUUGGGGGGGGGGAAGGGGAUAUCUAGGAGUUGGUUUUCCUUGCUGCCUUUAGGCGCUCAGUAAACACAACUCUGCCCGAGUCGGGUGUCGAACCUCGAGCCCCCUUCUAGGUAGCCAAGCCAAGCCAAGUUCAAGCGCACUUGGCUUCUCGACGUAAGAUAUGACAGGCCAGCCUUGGAUAAUUGAAGGCACUAGCGUAGGUGAAGUGAAUUUGGUGGCCUCAAAUGAAAUGAAAAUAAAAAGAAAGAAAAAGUAUUCAAAACCUGGCUGUGUCUAUAUCUAAAUCUACAAAUAUCUCAAAUUCGUUUAUCGCUAUUUCUAUAUCAGAGACAGAGCUAGUCUAGUAAGCAUGGUGCUUUAAAGUUUAUUUUUAGUUUUGUACUAAAUGAAAUAGAAUAUCAGAGUAAUUAAGUGCAUUAUAAAUAUUUAUAAAGUCUUUUUUAGUGUGUAUUGUACAAGGUAUCUAAUAUAUCGUGUCAGAUGGACUGACUCCACCAGCCGCAACCGCUGGAAUUUAAUGGCAAAGUAGAUGGCUUUAUGAAAAGUAAAGGCAGUUGGUCGUUGUGCUGGCCACAUAACAGCGUUGUCAACCGUCGGCCACAGAAACAGAGACCUUUGCGUCAUCUGCCCUAAAUUUCGCAAGGUCUGAAAUGGAUACUCUAAUUUUUUUUAAAAAAUUCCUUUUUGCAUGAGAACAGACAUAAUGUUUAAAUAAAGUAAUGAGCGUAGCGGCAGAACUAUAGGAUAUUUUAUGUAGAGUAUUAAUACCCCUAUGGACGCCAAUUACGGUCCGCUACCCCUGUCAGACUCGCCACCUACCGUCAUCUCGGUACGCCACUGCCUGGCAACAACUCUAUCCACUACCUAUCGAGGAAAAAAAAAACACUACAUUAAGACAACAGUACUUAUGUGUCAACAGUUUGUCUAACAAGGAAGUAAUUUCUAUCAUGAAACACUUGAGCCAAAACAAUGCAAGUAUCGUCAUUUUGUUAUGCAUUGUCUACUGACUACAGAUGUAAUACGCUUGUUUAACAGCAUGUUAGGUCAACACGGAAGUCGUCGGGUUAACACACUGGCCUACUUCAGUUGUAUACAUAUUUAAUUGUAAAAAGUAAUCAUAAAUACUGUGUUCCCUUGACCUUUGUGUGAGAUGCUAUCUAAGACAUCCCACGAAAGUCAAAUUUAAUUUUAUCUACGUACACUAUAUUUUGUUACAAUGGAUAUCCACUAACACUUUAAACUCCUAAAUUAACACUUCCAUCUCCCUAUACAUCUUUCUAUUUUCUUUUAAAACACUCCUAUGCUCUGUAAGAAUUGACAAUAGUGUCAGACAGCAUUAUAAUGUCGUAUUACUGUAUAAAAAAUGAUAUGAAAAGUAAUUAGUAUAGGAUGAACAUUUUAGUGUUAGAAUUAAUAUUUGACUAUUAUCUCAUAGUUGAAAAAUAAAGUUUGUGACUGUAAUGCAAUAUUUAAAAUAAAAAUAAGAUAAGAUAUUUUUUAUUGAUCCUAUCAAAUGCAAACUCAGUUUGACUAUAAUUGACCACCUCAGCGUAACAACAGUAACAUUAACAAUAUAGAUGCAAAUACGAACAACAUUCACACACGAAACACAUACACACUCACAACCAGCGCUUUAUGAAUUAGACUUCAAUGUAUUCCUCGAUGACGACUGAUGACCUUGUAACACGAAAGUGGGAUGAAGGAGUUUUUAAAUCUUUCUGUUUUAGUCCUAAUGGAAAGAAAAGACCAGUUCAGAUCUGAUGUAACAUUGGUUUAAUGUCUUUGAAAAUCGUGUGUGACAAUUUAUGCAAUAUUUAUAAAAUAUCUACAUCCGGCGGCCUCGGGAAAACCUGUGGAGUUAAAAUCACUUAGCUAAAAACUUAGUUACUUCCUUAGUUAAUCACUUAGUUAGUCACUAAGCUAAUCACUUAGUUAAUCCCUUAGUUAGUCACUUAGUGAAUCACUUAGUUAAUCAUUGAGUUAAUUCCUUAGUUAAUCCCUUAGUUAGUCAUUAAGCUAAUCACUUAGUGAAUCACUUAGUUAAUCACUGAGUUAAUUCCUUAGUUAAUUCCUUAGUUAAUUCCUUAGUUAGUCACUUAGCUAAUCACUUAGUGAAUCACUUAGUUAAUCACUGAGUUAAUUCCUUAGUUAAUCCCUUAGUUAGUCACUUAGCUAAUCACUUAGCUAAUCACUUAUUUAAUAACUUACUUAAUCACUGAGUUUUAUUGUCUACAACUCUUUUUUCUUGGGGUGGGGAAAUGGAAAGGGUUUAGUAAAUAUCUGACAUCGCCAUUUAGUCAGAUGUUGGCUGCCCGCCGUUCACAUGCACCAUUAGAU